CGCGGUGCCGCCGGUGCGGCCAUGGCAGAGGGUCCGGGCGCUCGGCCGGGCUUCGGCCGCCCCGUCCCGCCGCCGCAGACCGGCUGGGAGCGGCUCCGCGAGCUCUGGCAGCGGGACGAGCUGCAGCGGUUCCCGGAGGAGACGGUGAACCUCUUCAAGGCGGCGUUCACGGCGGGCCUGGUGGGCUGGCUGUACGGCGGGCUGCCCGCCUUCGCCAGCGCCCGCAAGGCCUUCAUCGAGCGCAGCCACGGGGAGCUGUUCCAGAACCGCGCCGAUGCCGUGCAAUCUGCACAUCGUGCUGGCCUCCGCAGUUUCCUCCGCUACGGCUGGCGCUGGAGCUGGAGAGUCGCGACUUUCGCGACAAUAUUCAACGUGGUGAGCACCGGGCUGUCUGUGUACCGCGAUAAAACCACCGUCAGUAAUUUUGCUGCAGCAGGAGGCCUCACAGGAGCCCUUUUCAGAAUGCACUUGGGCCUGCAGGGACUGGCAGGUGGCCUCGUGUUUGGAACAGCGUUUGGGAUCCCUGCAGGAGGCCUGUUAAUAGCAUUGCAUGGCUUGGCUGGUGAGACCUUGCAGGAGAAGAGGAGUCGCGAGCGCAGGGAGCUGUAUGAGAAGAAGCUGGCAGAGUGGCAAUCCAGGCUCAGUGUGACUGAAGUCUUGGGCCAAACGGAAAACAAUGCCCAGGGAGGGCUGAAGAUGGACUGAGCAAGAGGCUUUAGGAGCUACUGAGUUUUCCCCAGAUCUCUGUAGUAAGAAGCUACUGUAAGACCCCAGUCCCAAAGCCACAACCUUGACUGGGAUUAUUACCUUUAAAAAACAUACAAGACUCCAAAAGUUUUGCCCAAUGAACUUUUGCAGAGUUAAUACCUUGAGAUAGUGUAAAGAGAAGAAGCCACACACUUUUCCUCAAGAGGUGCUUUUACUGAUAGUUGAGGGGAGAAAAUAAGCGAACUUGGCAAGUGUUUAAGCCCUUUUAAACUUUUGCCAAGAUCUUUAUUUCCUCCCAUAUUAAAAGUAUCUCCUGAGAAAAUGUGUGCUGCGUUCUCUCUUUAGGCUGUCUCAAGGUAUUGAGAAGUGAAGACUGAAAAAUUCAGUUGGGCAAGCUCUUUGUAUAUUUUUUAAAAGUAAUACUCCCAGUUAAGCCUGUGGCUUCGGGACUGGGGUCUUACAGAUACAAAGCAUUUUGAUUCUGCUCGUGAAAGUCUUCAGUCAAGGAAUGGUGGAACUCUUCUGUGAACACACUCAUAUGCUGUGGAAAAGCCUUUUGCUGAGAACGUUGCUCAUGGACGCACAUCACUGCACGGGAGCUCAGAAGGGCCAAGCCUGUUCCACCUGAGAAGGUGGAAAUCCGACUUUGCACACUGGGAAGUGUUGUCUGGGUUUGGCAGGGAGUGAGGGCAGCUCCAGAGCCUCGUCUAAGGACCCAUUUCACUGCUCAAAGUGUCCAAACCACCAGCAAUGUAGAAAUAUUCAAGGUAAAGGGGCCUGUGAAUAGUUUGUGUGCUAAAGGUACCCCCAUUCCAAACAUUAACUGUGCUCUGGUGAAAGCUGUCUUCAGGCAGCACCUGAAGAACUUACUGACUGUGGGUGUUACAAUACCUGGGGUAUUUUUCAGUCAAUGUUGAGGAAGGGUGGAGGAGCUGGGAAUGAUAUGGAAAUGCCCUGAAAAAGGCAUGUUUUGGGUUCCUCAAUAUAAGUCUGAGCAGGCCACAGAAAAGAUGACUUAUUUCUGGUGGUGAUGGUGGAAAACUUGGCACUGUGGACAGUUUUAACAGUAAAAAGGCCUCUAAUUUCAUUUGAAAGUUGGAAAUUGGGGGGAUGACCUUUUGGGGAAAUGUGGUUCAAGACACUCAAUAAAGCCAUAUAGCAGUGGUGA